AUGUCAAACAGUCGUGAAGAGCAGAACAAGAAACCAACAGCAAAAAGGUCCCCAUCUAUUCUAGUGACUGAUGUUAGAAGUCAAGCAUCAAGACGGUCUUCUGCUCCAUUUGCAGGGGCUGCUCAAAAUAGCAGAUUCUCUAAGAAACAACAACGUUCACGGUCUUCCCAAGAACAAAUAAAAGCAGCACAUAAUUCAAAGUUCAGCAAUAUUUCUGUUUCCAACAUCUUGUCAAAUGCCAGUGAAAUUCCUUCUGCAUUACGGAGAUCGUAUCCGAACCAACUCGAUGGUUCUUUACCUCUAUUCAAUAGCCAGAUAACCUCAUCUGAUAGAAGAAGCCCUUCACGAUCUGGCUUAUCAAAUAGAAGAUCGCUUAAGACCCCUCAGGAUAGAGCAUUCCUUCCCCAGCUAAUUCAGUCAUUACCACCUAGAACUUCAAAGACAUCGCAAAAAUUGGUUUAUAUUCCAGAAGAUGAUGAUGAUAAUUCAGAUGAUGAGACGGCUCCAGGAAGACCACAACUUGUUCCAGAGUCCCCCGUAAGUACAGAAGACAAGAAUAUGUUUAUGGCCCCUCCUUUCAACAAACGAGGUAAACCAGUGUCAGCCAAACUUCAACAGCAAAGACAGCGACAACCACCGAAGUUUCAAAGCAAAAGAACUUUAAAGGAAGCCAAGGCUGAAAUAAAGAAUUUCACACGUACAAAGGAAGAUUUAUCCAGGGUUACCGCUUAUUUGGUAUCAGAUAGCCUCAAUCUUGAGAAAGCAUCUGCGUUUCUUAAAAAAACUCAUAAAGUCUCCCCUAGGUUGUAUGAUGAAGUGUUAUACAUUCCUUAUCAACUACCAUUACUAGAUGGUACCAAUGGUUAUAGAGUUCGGUCAAAUAUUUAUACUAAAAAUGCCGUUGGAAGGGCAAGUGUUGAAGAUUAUUUGGACAAAUCUGAGCAGCGAGAUUAUCAUUUCGAAUAUUUUUCAGGUCAGGAGAAUGAGGAAUUGAUGAAAAAUGAAACGGAAAUUCUGAAUCAAUAUUCAGAGGAGUCUUCUAAAGACAGAGAAAUUUCAAGCUCAGAUAACAACAGUAACAAUUACGCCAGUGAUUUUAAAAAUAAUGAUGAGGAUAGUUUUGAUCCUUAUGAACCUCAGUAUUUUAAUUAUAAAGAACCUUCUAGUCUUUCAAAUGAAAUGGCAUCUUCUAUUCUUCAAGCAGCGCAUGGAGAAGUAUUUUUGUUCAAUUAUGGGGUGAUUGUAUUUUGGAACUUUACGAAAUAUCAAGAGGAAAAUAUAUUAGCAGAUUUAUCUUUUUCAAGAUAUUCUGAUGAAGACGAAGACGAUAUUUUAAUCAACGAAAUCCAUGAGCAGGAUAUUGAAACUGAGGAGUUCCAUUUUGAAUAUGAUAAGACCACCAAUGUACCGAGAAUCUACAAUGACAUGAUUACAUUGAAAACUGAAGAUCAUCUAAUCAAAAUGACAAUAUCUCACGCAAUUGCACAAUCUACCAAACUAUGUCGGUUUGAAUCUAGGAUGUCUGAGGUUUUAUACUCAGUGUCUAAGUUCCCAAAGAUUUUGGCACUAACUGGACAAUUGGGUAUAAGUCGUGAACAGUUAUUGAAAAAAUCUGGUAAAUUAUUUAAGCUUAGAGUGGAUGUUAAUUUAUCUUCAAACGUUUUGGAUAUCCCUGAAUUUUUCUGGUCAUUUGAACCUAGUUUGAACCCGUUGUACGUUGCCGCUAGAGACUACUUGGAGAUUGAAGAAAGGGUGGAAGUCAUCAACGAUCGUUGUAAAGUAUUUCUAGAGUUUAUUGAUGUAAUUUCUGAAAGUAUUGCUGAAAACAAUAUGAAUAAAAUAACUUGGGUUAUUAUUGUGAUUAUCAUUAUGAGCUUGACGGUUUCUAUCCUUGAAAUCUUUGUCCGUUAUCAAAUUUUGACUAGAUCAUCGAAAAAAUAA